AUGACCUAUAAGGCCACUCUGGGCCUGCUUUCUACACAACAGAAGUUUGCCCCCAACUUCAGGUGUAACGACCAGAACAAUCUGAUUGCUAUCAUUGGAGGAUGUUUCUCUGAGAUCUCUGUCAAUAUGGCUGCCAUUUCAGCAAUCCAAAAGACUCCACAGGCAACUUAUGGAUCAUUCUUGCCACUGCAUGGUUCCAAAAUGCUAUACCCAUUCUUGUACCAAAUGGUUCCAACUGAAUCCCACCAGCAAACGGGAGUUGUGCGGUUACUUCAGCAUUUUGGGUGGAAAUGGGUUGGAGUUGCUGCAGUGAAUGAUGACAAAGGGGACAGGUUUUUGCAGACAAUGGUGCCUAUGCUUUCACGAAAUGGCAUCUGCUAUGCGUUCAUAAUAAGGCUACCAACAUGGAACUAUGUGGAUGAGAUGACAGACUUACUUCUUGAGCACUCGAAUACAUAUGAAGUUGCAACCGAGACAAAAUCCAAUGUAUUCUUUAUAUAUGGUGAACCUCCGUCUUUUCAGGUUGUGAGGAUAUUUCUUUUUAUAGCAUCCAGUAUGGAAUGGCCUCCUCUUGGUAAAGUGUGGAUUGUUACAUCCCACUGGGAUUUCACCUCAGUGUCCUUUCAAAAGACAUGGGAUAUGCAAACCUUCCAUGGUUCCAUAUCCUUCACUGCUCACUCAAAUCAGCCACCAGGUUUCCAAAAGUUUAUUGAGAGGAUAACGCCUUUUGAGGUGAAAGGAGAUGGAUUCAUCCAGGACUUUUGGGAACAGGCAUUCAGCUGUUCAUUAAAGAAGCAGGAGGAAGAUGAAACAGAAACAUGCACUGGGGAGGAGAAGCUGGAGAGCAUUCCUGGUAUUUUGUUUGAAAUAAAGAUGACUGGCCAUAGUUACAGUGUCUACAAUGCUGUCUAUGCCGUGGCACAUGCUUUGCAUGACAUAUAUAAGUUGAGAUUGAAGCAUAGAAGUUUGUCAGAAAAUCAGAGACUGGUUCAUGACUUUCUAAGGCAUACCAUAUUCAAUAAUAGUGUUGGAGAAACAAUACGCUUUGAUGACAAUGGAGAACUAGUUGCAAGUUUUGAUAUUACAAACUGGAUGAUGUUCCUCAAUGGCUCAGUUGUCAGAGUCAAAGUUGGAAGAUUAGAUCCUCAGGCUCCUCCAGGCAAAGAGUUGCUGAUUCAUGAUGACCAAAUUGUCUGGCACCAAAGUUUUAAUCAGAUAUUGCCAGUUUCUGUAUGCAAUGACAACUGCUAUCCUGGCUACAGCAGGAAAAAGAAGGAGGGAGAGAAAUUUUGCUGUUAUGAUUGUGCCCCAUGUCCAGAAGGGAUGAUCUCACACCAAAAGGACACGGAUUCCUGUGUCAAUUGUCCAGAGGAUCAGUAUCCUAACAAAGACCAAACUCAAUGCAUUCCAAGAGUUCUAAGCUACCUCUCUUACAAAGAAGAUUUAGGGAUCAUCUUAACUAUCUUGGCUACUUCUUUCUCUUUCAUCACAACUUCAAUACUUGGAAUUUUUAUGAAGCACAAGGACACUCCCAUAGUCAAAGCCAACAACCGAACCCUCACCUACAUCCUCCUGGCCUCCCUCCUCCUUUGCUUCCUCUGUUCUUUGCUCUUCAUUGGACAACCUGGAACAGUAACCUGCCUUCUCCGACAAACCACAUUUGGCAUCAUCUUCUCUUUGGCCCUUUCCUCAGUGUUGGCAAAGACUGUUACUGUAAUUCUAGCAUUUAUGGCAACUAAACCAGGUGCCAGAGUUAGGAAAUGGGUAGGGAAAGGGUUGGCAAAUUCCAUUGUCCUUUCCUGCACCUUUAUUCAAGCUGGUGUUUGUACUCUUUGGUUAAGUACUUCCCCUCCAUUCCCAAAUACAGAUAUGCACUCAUUGCAUGGAAAAAUCAUACUGGAAUGUAAUGAAAGUUCAGCUGCCAUGUUUUAUUGUGCAUUGGGUUACAUGGGUUUUCUAGCCAUAACCAGCUUCAUUGUGGCUUUUUUAGCCAGGAGGUUGCCUGAUAGCUUCAAUGAAGCCAAGUUCAUCACUUUCAGCAUGUUGGUGUUCUGCAGUGUUUGGCUGUCCUUUGUUCCAACUUACUUGAGUACCAAAGGAAAAUACAUGGUGGCAGUGGAGAUCUUCUCCAUCUUAUCAUCCAGUGCUGGAUUACUGGGUUGCAUCUUUUUCCCUAAAUGCUACAUCAUUGUGCUGAGGCCUCACUUGAACAGUAGGGAGGAACUAAUAAGGAAAAGAAAAUGA